AUGAGCAUGACGGGAUUCGGGUCGCCGUGCGGGGCGUGCAAGUUCCUGCGCCGCAAGUGCGCGCGCGGCUGCGUGUUCGCUCCCUACUUCUGCCAUGAGCAGGGUGCGGCGCACUUCGCCGCCAUCCACAAGGUCUUCGGCGCCAGCAACGUCUCCAAGCUCCUCGCCCACCUGCCCAUCGCCGACCGCGCCGAGGCCGCCGUCACCGUCUCCUACGAGGCGCAGGCCCGGCUCCGCGACCCGGUCUAUGGCUGCGUCGCCCACAUCUUCGCGCUCCAGCAGCAGGUCAUGACACUCCAGGCGCAGCUCGCCGACCUCAAGGCCCAGGGGGCACCGCAGCAAGGGAUGAUGCAGCACGAAGACGCCAAGGGAUACGCCGGCGGUGCGGAGCAGUACGGGCACGGUGGCUACCCGUGGUGCAACGACAACGGCGCUGGUGCGGGGGCCGCGCAGCCAUCGUGGGGCAAUGGCAGCGCCGGGCACGAAUCUAUCACCGCGCUGCUUACCUCCGACUACAUGCAGCAGUCGCUGUACCACGCGCUGGAGCAAGCGGACGGGCAGGCGGGGGGCUACGAGGCGAUGGAUCAGUCGCCGUCGUUCGGGGCGGCGGAGGAGAGCGGGUGGAGGUCGUCCUCGUCCUCCGGGUACCAAGACUCCGAGGACCUGCAGAGCGUUGCUUAUGCUUACCUUAAUCGCUCGUAA